GCGUUGUUCACGUAAAGACUUUAUCUGCGCUUGCGUGAGAAGGUGAGAGGCUUUUAGGUCAGAGUUGCUCGUUCUAGUUCCGUCGCUCUCGCUGCUGCUGCUGCUGCUGCUGCUUCGCGUGGAAGUCUGGGUUUGUAUUGUAAAAGGCGAAAAGGGACCGAGCGAAGCGGCGAUGACGAAGUCCAGCGGCGACAAGUCCGAGAAAGAACCGUGGCAGGGUUGCUAUUACAAGCUCGAGGAAGUCAAGAAGCAUAAUCAUAGCCAGAGUACUUGGAUUAUUUUACACCGCCGUAUAUACGAUCUCUCAAAGUUUUUAGAAGAACACCCUGGUGGUGAAGAAGUCCUAAGGGAACAAGCAGGUGGAGAUGCAACAGAAAAUUUUGAAGAUGUUGGACAUUCUACAGAUGCCAGGGCAUUGUCAGAAUCAUUUAUUAUAGGGGAACUUCAUCCAGAUGAUUGGGAAAAAGUUGAAAAACCAACAGGCCCUUAUAUUACUACUAUUGAAUCUAAUUCCAGUUCCUGGACCAACUGGGUGAUUCCAGCAAUAGCAGCAAUCAUUGUGGCCCUUAUGUACCAUUUCUACAUAUCUGAGUAAACACAGUGUUAAGAAAGAAUAAUGGGACAUGCUGUUUUGGCCAAGAAAAUGAAAUAUAUAUCUAAUGGCUCCACAUCAGGACGGUAUCCGAAAACCAACUUUUAAAAAAAGCAAUCCUCUUUUUAUCAAAAAUCCAGAAUGAAAUUGUUCUAGUAGCAUCCUGCAUAUGUUGCCUUUUUCUAAUUUUUUUCGAAUGCUAACAUUUUUUUCUUUUAUUUCUUCAUGUUUGUCAGUUAACCACAUGAUAUUAUAAUGCUGCUCUUAAGAACACUCAUAUAGUCUCCAAUUUCUUAAUUCUAAAACUUGCCUGAUUCUUUUUAAUGAGUUCUUUAGACUUCUUUUACAAAAAUAAGCAGAUGGUUGUGUCUGUGCAAAUUUUUCCAUCUUUCCCAUCACUUAUAUUCUGAUAUAUUUUCUUUCUUCCAGAACUAUCUUUUUUAAAGAGUUUUCAGUAUGAGAAUGAGAAAAACUAAAAAUACGUUUCAUUUUUGUUAAUAAGGAUAUUGUUAUGGAUCCAAAUAUCUCAUUGUGUAAAAUAAAAUAUUAAUUAUCUUUCAAACUGAUUUGAGAUAGGGAGGGUCCAUAAUAGGUACAAUGGUCUGCAUUGCUUUAUUUUAUAAGAUCUAUUGAACUUCACAAGAAAAAAAGAGAAAAUAAUCAACAAUUGGCUGAUAGAGGAUAAUAUAUAUAUUAAAACAAUAGGCCAUAGGGGACAAUUAUCAAGAUCUAAAUAACUUCUUCUUGAAAUGCCUAUCUACUGUGCUGUAUGGUUCUUGACUAUAUUAUGGAUCACUGAUUUAUUAAAUUGUACAAGUAUAAAUUAACAGGAUACUCUCCCUUGAAAAUCUUUAAGCAAGAAAUAAAACAUUUUCUUGUGUCUGUAUAUCAGGAAAAAAAAGUACUAAUGAUUCUGUCUUAAUGUGUUGUCAGCCAGAAGAUUGGAAAGUCGGUUCUAAGUUACCUGGGUAUGGAUUUCCAUUACUUGUUUAAAUAUAAAUCCAAGAGAAGGAUGGUAGGACUAUGUUAGAGUUCAUGUAUUUAUGUAACUCAUGGUGCAUAAGAUACUCUUUUAAGAUCUCCCUGCCUUGCAGAAUUCAGCACCUGAAAGCAAAUACGUGAUUUCCAGCACUUACUAAGCUCUCUUGGUGAAAUAAUGGAAGAAAAUGUAAAAUAUGGAUACUUAUCACAGGCCCAUUUGCCAGUCUUACCUCGGUGUAUAAAGUAACCAAUAACAUUGUGUUAACCAUAUGGAAUAAGCUAAAAUGUUUAUUGUAAUGUUUUCUAUAAGAGUAUAAUGAAGUCUAAUCAACACCAUGGUCAAUUGAAAAGUGAUGCAGUUGGGUUUAAAAUUGGUGCAGAAGGUAGGAGAAUACUUGGGAAAGAAUUAUGCUAGAUCAUUUCCACAUAGAGAUGCAAUAAAACAUCCUAAAUGGAGGACCAAAGCCUCUGGGUUAUCUUUUGAUGACACUUGUACUACUUCCACAGCAAGUAUAAGGUUGAUUACUCAUAGAAUGUUUUGGAAAUCUUGUACCUUAAAUACCGUUCCAGUUAUCUGUCAAGAUAUUACAUAAGAAUUAUAAAGGAUUUGCUGGAAAAAAAAUUAAAGCAUGCAUUGUAUUAAGAUCACUACUCUUGGGAGCAAGAACAUAUAUUAAAUGUUACCUGUUAAUUGCCACUUUUAAGAAGGGGUGAAGGCUUUAGAAAGGUUAAACAGUUUUUGGAAACAAGAAUAAACAAAUGUAAUAAUGUGUGUCUUUCAGUCUCCUGUAAUUUAAUAGGACUUAAAUGUUAAAGGUGGCUGUUUCUUUUAAAAAUGAAACUUCUAUGAACUCCAUCAACCUUCAAUUGAGUACAGUACUCUGAAAAAGAUGCAUACAUGCUCUAAUAUGAAAAUGUAUUUAAUUAAAAUCCAGAUGAUGUGUGCUGAUGAUUCUAUAUCAAUGUUUUUGUAGUUUGGAGGAAAAGUGACCUCAGAAGUUACUGAGUUUUAUAUAUGGGGAAUUCCAGGAACUGAAUAAACUUAAACUUGUAGGCUUUCCCCUGGGCUGUGGGACCUGAUUGUGACUUUG